GGAACCGGAACGUGGUGAUGUCUUAUCAAAAAAAGGCAUUCUUGAGUGACAUGUGUUUGGAACUGCAAUUCAAACCCGAAGACCUGUUGGUGAUCUUGAUUGAUCGUGUUGAUGGUUAUUCAAGGCCAAUUUGUGGCACACUUAAGUGAAACUGUGGGAAACGAACGUCUUUGGGUUUUUUUUUGAAAUUUCCCACUGAAUUAUGGCAUGGUAAUUUAGCUGAAGGGGGCAAUUAUACUAGUUUUAAAAAAGACGUCCCGAAGAACACACACUGUCGCGCAAUUCGCCCCUGGAAACUAAUAUGCAUAUUAGGGUUGUUUACCAAGUGAACGACAAAGGCAGUUACAUCCGUGCCGCUCUCAGUUUCAGACCAUAUUUUCUCUCCGGCUCGCCAUCGUUUAGUUAAUAUUGAAUCGGAAAAGGAAGAUGGUAAAACCGGUUGGAUUUGUAGCCGUAAUGUGUUUGGUCACGUUGACUUUAACAGCUGCUCGUCCGCAAGAAACUGCAACAGAAGAGGACAUACUUCAACAAGAUGCCUUGAGCACCGUUGAUGAAGAACAUCCUCUUCUUUCGGGAAUCGACAAAGGUCUUCAGCAUGACGAAGAAACUGAAAGGUAUGAGGGUCAAGGUACUGAAAUCACGACCGUGACCGAUGUCUUAGAGUCAAGUACCGAAUCCAAUGGGAGCCCAACGGAGAUUUUCUUUCGCGAAAGUCAAGAACCAUUUAAUCUUCUGCCAUCAACACACGAGGCAUCUCAAUUAUCCCAAGAUGUCGAGUCUUCUCCAUCAUUACCAACCCAAGAGGCGUCUCCGUUCUUUCCCGAAGAAGCGUCUCCUUUACCUCCGCCUUACGUGGCCCCAUCGUUUCCUAAACAAGGGACGUCUCAAUCAUUGUUUCCUGGUUUUGGAACGUCUCCAUUGUUUGCAUCUACUGCUCCGACGACCGAAAGAAACCAAAGUAUACUUGCGGGAAAUCAAGCAAACAGCCCCAACAUUCUUAUGGGAUCACUGUGGCAAAUGUUAAACAAUUCGCAAAGAGGAAACGCUACGGCUGGCGGAGCGGGAAGUGGUUCUGUCCAUAACAAUUCGGCCAUCGGACAAGGGACGGGCAUCGCCAAUGUUGGAUCGGGUGGAUUUGGCAUUGGUCUCGGCAUUGGUGGCGCAAUACAGACACCGCUCGGAAAUCUUGCGUUUGGACAGGGCAACGGAAUUGCGCUUGGAUAAUAGCAGAGUAUUUCAAAGGUAACCACUGGAACAUCCUUUCUGUGGAACACCGCACAUAAAAAUCUAUUUGUCCGUGUAUACAUUGCAAGCUUCGUAAAUUCUGACUAAACGUAUCAUCAGUCAAUCACCAGCACUUUAUUAUGGUGCCGUUGGCCUACACGUUAAUGCUAACAUUUCUGUUGACCAUGUAACCUUGAAUAACUGGUACUCCUAACCCGGACCAUUUCCAUCUUGACCAAUUUUUUUGGCUGGCUAAAUCUUUAAUGGUUGUAACAUGUAAAUAAAGAAGUCGAUCAAAGUUUA